AAUUAUUUAUCGGACUAACUGCCAAAACCCAGCAGUAAAGCUGCAUCAGUAGCCUAGUUAGACACCGCCUUUUUUGUUGUAGGUUUUGUAUACGUGAAGAGCUCUCCGAAUAUUAUUUUCAGACAUGUCGGAUUUUAUGCUUCCACACUGUUUUGGCUUUUAACGAAUAUGGUGUUUCAUUCGUUUUUCUGUUUUUGUCUAUGGCUUUUAAGUGGUUUGUCUGGUGUUUAUACAGAUGAAACUGUGACAAUAUUAGUGAUGGAGGGAGAUUCUGUCACUUUAAACAACGAUUUUACUGAAAGAAAGAGAGAUGAUCAGAUACUGUGGACAUUUAGACUUAAUAGUUCAGAUAAUCGUAUAGCUCAAACCAAUACACAAAGCAUUUCGAUAUCUGAUAGUGGUGAGAAUGAGAGAUUUAGACACAGAUUACAGAUAGAUAAUCAGACAGGAUCUCUGACCAUCACAAACACCAACAAAUUACACUCUGGACUUUAUAAAGUACAUCUCAUCAGUGGAGUGAUUAAACACAAGAGCUUCAGUGUUCAUGUUUAUGGUAUUCUGCCUGUUCCUGUUAUUAUCAGAGACUCUUCACAAAAUUCUUCAUCAUCAUUAGGAUCAUCAAUGUCCACAUGUUCACUGCUGUGUUCAGUGUUGAAUGUGAGAGAUGUCAGUCUCUCCUGGUACAAAGGAAACAGUUUAUUGUCCAGCAUCAGUGUGUCUGAUCUCAGUAUCAGUCUCUCUCUACCUCUGGAGGUGGAAUAUCAGGAUAAAAACACCUACAGCUGUGUGAUCAACAAUCCCAUCAGCAACCAGACCAAACAUCUGGACAUCAGUGGACUCUGUCAACGAAGUUCAGAAUCCAACCAAACUUCCAACAAACUUCUUGUUGUGUUGGUGUUGCUCUUAAUGCUGCUAGUGGCCACUGCUGUAGUUGCGUUAAUAAGAUGUCACCGCAGAAAUUACACACAAGCAAAACAACAAGCUCAGAGUAAUGACGAGGAGGUUGAUUAUACAGAUGCAACAUUUUUUAAACACAGAGAUCAAGAAAAGGGGGCUAAUGGACACGAUCAGACAGUGUAUUCGGAAGUUGUUUUGAGAUGAUGAUCAUGUAGACUAUCGUACAGCUCAGUUUUUUUUUUACAGAGCAGAGCAUGUUGAGGUGUAUGUCAGUACGAAGCAAAGCUCAAAACCCCAGUUAAACUGCAAAUGCACUGGUUGUGACUGAAUUUCAUCAUAAAAUUGAAGUAAAAUAAUUUGAUCUUUCAAAGACCACAUUUCUGGAGAACACACAGCCGAUGAAUAAUAUGACAUUUUUUUGUGAUUUUCAUAUACUCAUACAAAAGUACAAUAAGGCCAAAUGUGUUCUGUGCCAUAGGAUGCUUACAAAAUCACUGUGCUAAGGGCUCCCUCUGCAGACUCUUUGUGAGACUUACACAAUAGUAUACAGUAGUCAACAUUUGAAGUGGAUCAAAGAAGUUAAUCAAAGUUGUCCUAAGACAAGAAUCUGCAUUGUUUUGGUUUUAGGACAACUUUGAUGAAAGAAUUUGAUCCACUUCUAAUGUUGACUACUGUAAUGGGUUUGGCUCUGUGCAGGUAGAUCUGUGGGACAAAAAUCAAAAUGUUCAAAAUGAAGGAAAAUUAAUUUUUAAAAAGUUCAAAACGUUCAACUGCCUUUGACCAAAAUCACCAUUAACACAGGUCAUUUUCAAUUUAUUGCUGCCUAGCAAUAUUUCUAAAAUAUCAGUUCAAGAUGUAAUAAUAAUCUAAGAUUCUUUAGAUUAUUAAUGCGAUUAUGGUGUAAUCUAUGUUUAAUUUACAUAAUAAAUAUUGUAAUUUAAUGGAAAUGACAUGCAAGAAGUUUCUCUUGUGCAAGUAAAUCUUGUAAGGUACUUGUAAGUUUUACAUUUUAUUUUUCUGAAGAAGGUCUCACAAUGUAAUAUAGUGCACUAUAUAACAACUGUUUAAUGUUUUGCAAUAGUUCUCAGUAUUAUCUAUGUUUGUGUGAAGUGGAUAAUUUAUAGACACCAGAUGAAGCCAAAAUGUCAAUAACAUCUGAAUAAAUAUCUACAAUUUGGUAGUCAGUCUAAUCUGACAAACCCAGUUCAGUUCCAGAUUUAAUGUUACUAAUGUGAUUUCAGUUUUAUCUUUAUUCAAAUUUUUUCAAUGUUGAUAUUAGUAUUGCACUGAAGUCUAUAUGAAGGCUUCCUGUCACCUUUUUUUCUGCUUUGCUUGUUUGUUCUUUUGUACUUGAUAUGUUUAAGCUGUUGAAGUGAUUUGUGUAUUUACUGAACAAGCAUUAUUAAACAUUCUCUCUGCACUGAUUAUGUUUGUCUGCCACAGUAAAGCCGUGAUGUAGAGGUUUGUCCA